AUGGGUUCCGUUGUUCUUCCUCAUCUCGUCACCGGCUGGCAUGUCGACCAGGCUAUUAUGUCAGAAGAAGAGAGACUGGUAGUGAUCCGCUUCGGACGCGAUGUUGAUCCAGAUUGUAUGCGACAGGAUGAAGUGCUUUACAAGGUUGCCGAAUUAGUUAAAAACUUCGCCGUCAUCUACGUCUGCGACAUCGAUCAAGUACCCGACUUCAAAACUAUGUACGAAUUGUAUGAUCCGGUCACAACGAUGUUCUUCUUUCGAAAUAAACAUAUGAUGUGCGAUUUUGGAACGGGUAAUAAUAACAAGCUGAAUUGGGUGUUGGAGGAUAAGCAGGAGAUGAUUGAUAUUAUUGAGACGAUUUAUAAGGGUGCUAAGAAGGGUCGAGGUUUGGUUAUUACUCGACUAGAUACCGAUACUGAGAUGCUCAUUACAAUGUAUGUGAACGUACCCGAAGCUAUGUGGAUGAAGUCUUUUUUCGCAGCUCUUGUCUCCCUCCUCCCUCUAGCGACUGCCCUCCCCCUAAUCUCCUCAGAAUCUCCAAAUGCACAACCCAAAUCACUCUAUCCAUUUUCCUCCAGCGGCAGCAAUGCUAAAGUAGCUGGUCGUCUCUUCAACAUCGAUGGGAAGGUCCAAUACUUUGCAGGCACAAAUGCUUGGUGGCUUGCACAUCUUUCAUCCAACAGCGAUGUAGACCUCUCUUUUUCACAAAUGGCCGCUACGGGCUAUAAAAUUGUACGAGUAUGGGGCUUCGGCGACGCGAACACUCCUCCACCGUCCACCAACACGGAUCCAAAUCUUGUCUACUUUCAGAUCCUCAACUCUACAGGUGCAUAUAUAAAUUAUGGUGCAGAUGGUCUUCAGCGACUAGACUAUGUGGUCCAUGCAGCAUCUAAAUAUGGUCUGAAGCUGGUACUGAACUUUGUUAACAAUUGGGGUGAUUAUGGUGGAAUUGCUGCCUACACUAAUGCUUUCAAUUGUUCGUCAACGUCCUUUUAUACCGAUGCAACUUGCCAAAUGGUUUAUAAAAACUACGUCAAAACAAUCGUCACUCGUUACCGCUCUAGCACUGCCAUCUUUGCUUGGGAGCUCGGUAAUGAACCCCGCUGCAAUGGCUGCGAAACAUCUGUCCUUACCAAAUGGGCUUCGGAUAUAUCAAGCUACAUCAAAUCGCUCGAUUCACACCAUAUGGUUACAUUGGGCGACGAGGGAUGGUUUGCACCAGCCGAUGGAAUCGGUGAUGGGAGUUAUGCGUAUGGAGGUGGAGAGGGCAUUGAUUGGGUCGCGAAUUUGAAGAUCAAAACAUUAGAUUAUGGAGUAUUCCACUUAUAUCCAAAUAGUUGGGGAUACAAUUACACAUGGGGAAAUGAGUGGAUUGAACAACAUGAUAAGGCUGGAAAAGCGGUUGGAAAACCGGUCAUCUUAGAAGAGUAUGGCACGCCGUUCCCAUAUAAUCAUACGGAGACCGAAGGACCUUGGCAAGCAACGGUACUUAAAUCUGAAAUAGCUGCAGAUCAGAUCUGGCAAUUUGGUCCUAAUGGAACGAGUGUGCCAGCGGAAGUUUUCGGUGAUGUCAAUACUAUCUAUUACAAGACCCCGGAGUAUGCUACACUUGGAACGGGUCAUGCUAAGGCUAUGUUGAAGAAGAAGGUGUGA